UCUUUCUUCCCAUUUCCAUUUCCCACAGAGCUAAACGAAAACCCUGAGUCGGCGCUGAGAGAAAGAGAGUAUCGAAGGAUGGGUCCGAACCUAGAAUGUCGUAUGUACGAGGCGAGGUACCCGGAGGUGGACAUGGCGGUGAUGAUACAGGUGAAGAACAUCGCGGACAUGGGCGCCUACGUGUCACUUCUGGAGUACAACAACAUCGAGGGCAUGAUCUUGUUCUCGGAGCUCUCCCGCCGUCGGAUUCGCAGCGUCAACAGCCUCAUCAAGGUGGGGCGCAUCGAGCCCGUCAUGGUCCUCCGUGUCGACAAGGAAAAGGGUUACAUCGAUCUCAGCAAGCGUAGGGUCUCGGAAGAGGACAUUCAGGCCUGCGAGGAGAGGUACAACAAGAGCAAGCUCGUCCACUCCAUCAUGCGCCACGUUGCCGAAACCCUCAACAUCGAUUUGGAGGAGCUCUAUGUUCACAUUGGAUGGCCUUUAUAUCGCAAAUAUGGUCAUGCUUUUGAGGCUUUCAAAAUAAUUGUCACUGAUCCUGAUUCUGUUUUGAAUACGCUCACCCGUGAGAUCGGGACAAUGGAGACGCCUUUGCAACCAGGUUGGAAAACGCCCAUGCUGGACCGAUACGACAUGUUUGUAAUGUAG